AUGCAGAAGGAAAUGAAAAAUACGCUUCAUGCGAUUCUCAAAGAAAAGAUGCAGAAAAGCAGCACGCUGAAGAAAGAAGCACAGGAGGCUGUCUCCGCGGUGGAAAAGUACGCAGGAACAGAGGCAGACUUCUACACGUAUGUCAAAAGCAACCGGCUGGUGCAGAUUCCAUUUAUUAAGUCUCUGCAGGAGAUUCCUGUCAAGAACAAACUGUUCUUCAGCAGCCUGCAAAUAAUCCACAAAAUAAUAGUUCGAAACUGCAUAUCAAAAGAGUUCAUCCCGUACAUUCUGGAAGAGUUUGAAAAGAAGGUCCACACAGAGUCAGAGGUGCGAAUACGCAUCCUGCAGCUGCUGCAGCCCCUCAUCCAGGACUCCCUGCUUGUUCGAGGAGACCAGCUCGUAAAGCUUUUUAAAAUAGGAAUUCAGCUGGCAAAAGAGUCAAAAGACAUGAUAAUCACAGAAAGUGCAGCCAAAGUAACGGUGUUUCAUGUGAUAGAGUGUGUGUUUGAAAGACCUCGUUUGGUGGAGACAGCAGAGAAAGAGAAAGCAAAAGAAGACUGCAUAGAAAUUGUCAAAACAUCGCUAGACAUUGCAAAAAGUAGAAGCUUGCUUGGCAUGGAGACACUUGCAGCAUGUAUUUCGGACAAGCAUGCAGACGAAGUUAUAAAAGAAGAAGAAAGCAGAGAAGGCUUGCUCGAAGAAAUAAUUGAUUUUCUACUGGAGGGCCUUAAGGGAAGCGAUCUUACAGCAAUCAGACAAAUAUUUUUAAUUCUUACACAGAUGCUAAAAACAAUUUUAAAAGAUAAAUACAGGAUAGUGAGUAUGCUGCUGGAGGUGUUUAGAAUCGAAAUAGAGAGCACUGCAGGGCUUCUGAAGGCAGAGUUUAUAUACACCCUUCCCCAUGAGAUAGUGAUAGAAAGUCUUCUGAGCAGUGCAGAGCUGGUGGACAACCUUUUGAGAAUACCAGACACAGAGACAGUGAAUAUAAACGGAAUAGCAGAAAUUGACACAUUAGGUGCAAAAUCAAGCACAGUUGCAAAUUGCGAGGUCUCUUUGAAGCUUUCAAAAAUAAUCGAGACUGCGACAAAGCUGGACGAUAAGGCCAUUCUCCCCAUCUUUAUGCCGUACUUUAGCCGAACAAUCAGCGCAAUAGAGUGCAGCACAGAAACAUGGCCCGAAGUGCCGCUGAAAAAAUUGACUGAUGCAAUCACAAAUAUAAAAAACCUUUCGAAUGAUGACAUUUCUGCCUUUGAUCUCUUAGUCGAUGCAGUCUACCAGCUCGCAGAAAACUACCCAAAAACAUUCUACAGUAUAUCGAGCAGCAUAACCUUUGAAAACAGCAAAAUGAUCACGAGAUGGCAGCAGUUUUUCAGUCUUUCGUCGUAUGUUCAGGACACAGUUCCCGAGCUGAAUGCAUGGGACACUUCUGUUGAAAAACUGCUAGCAAGCGACUCAGACGUAUUCCAGAAGGGGCUGACAGGCGCAUGCUCCUCAGCUGGCAUUCCGCUGGACAGAUCUCUGGGUCUUCUGCUGUCUCUUGGCAGCCGAGCGAGUGAUUUCCCACAGGAAGCCAUCCAGCUCAUUCACAAAAUAUUUCUGAUGAAGCCGGAAGAAACAGCAGGGGGUGCAGGAACAACUGAAGAGAUUGUUGGGUACUUUUUGAAUGCGUAUUUUGCAUCCAAAUUCUCUGAGUCCAUCCAUGUGAUUAUUUUGCCAGAGCUUGUAAGCAUUUUUUCUGAAAUAAGGAACAAAGACAUAGCUCUUGCCAAACUCAUACUGCAGCACAUUUCGCUCGGGAUAAGAACAGUUGGAGAAACAUUUGGCAGAGGAUGGACGUGUGUCUAUGAUAUUCUAGUCGAUGCGCUGGAGGUUGAUGAGCUGAAAAAGAUAGUUUUUGAAAUAGUGAAAAUAAUAACGGAUAGAAUGCUCCAACAUCUGCCAAACGAGUGUCUUAUCACAACAGAAAAACUGCUUUGCGUCUGCUGCAAGGUGAUAAAUGAAGACAACAUCUCAUUUCAGGCUCUGUUCUGCAUUAGAGACCUGAUGGAGCACGCGCACACAGAGAAUAUACCCAGGGAGAUACAGUCGCAAAUAUUUCUGGCAACAUUUUGUCUGCUGUGCAGUGUAUCGUACGACAGACGAGACGACAUUCGAGAUUCAGCAAUUGUCCAAAUAUUCGAAACCAUCUAUUUCUGCCAAAAGCACGGUCUUCUGCAGUGGGAGCCUCUUAUCAAAACUUUCUUCAAACGUUUUCUGGCUGCUGCGGUGUACGCAAAAGACAUGGAAAUAUACUCAGGUGAGCACGAAGAUAUUUCCAGCGAGUCAAAUGGUGCCCACCCGGCGGAAACAGACUGUAUAUGCAAAGGAAUAGGAGGGUGCCAGCUUGAUGUGCAUCCGUUUGAAAAUGCUGUAAGCGAAAGGUCUCUAGAAAGCUCUCGAAAAAUUUUACUGGGUGUGUGUAAUUUGCUUUUCUGUUGUUUUGAAAGCGUCAAAAAUACUGCAGGCUUUUACUCUUUGUGGCUCUUUGUGGGAAGAGUGCUCGUUAAAUUCUCGCACGAUCCAAAGAUGAAAAAUACCGUUAUUUCCGCUCUAAAGCCCAGUCUAUCGAUGGACAUGCCUGAGAAGUAUGCUACUUCCCUGUUUUUUACUGUCUCUGAUAUUUGCUUCACAUUCUCCCACAGAGACAUAUUUCUUGAAACUGUGAUGGAGAUACUCAAGCAACUCUACCUCAAAGUGUCGGCACACGAAAAGAAAAAAGAAACUUUGUGUUUUUUCAACACAAUAUCCCAUCUGCUGAAAAACAACACAGUCACGGACAGCAAUAGACUGACAUUCCUAGAGUUUGAAGCAGUUGAAGCCCUGCGAAUCCAGAAUAACCGAUACAUCGCAGAAAUAAAGAUGGAAAUACUGCUAGAAUGGCUGGCACUCUCGCAGUCACACAACAACUCCCUGUCCUCCCAGUUCAUUGCGCACUGCAUAGGCAAGCUCUCAUCUGAAAUACUAAGCCAUCCAACUCUCUCAGCGGAUGCCCGCAGUGCAGCAAUAAAAACGCUUUUGUCGUUUCAUGAGAAUAAACAGGCUUAUCCUUCGUGCUGGAAAAAGGCAGUGACUGCCCUGCAGCAAAUACUCCACCUAGAAACAAAGAAAGAAGACAGGAGCCAUCUAACUCUUAUAUCAAGGAAAAUACUCGGUCUCCCAGAAGUUGAUUCUGCAAAAAUAGAAAAUAUGCAAAUAAAGUCUACAGUAUACGAAAACCACUCUAGCAAUAAAAAAAUAGUAGACUUUAGCGAAAUAGCAAAAAUAAAAGAUGAAGAAAAAAAUGUAAAAGACUACCUGAUAUUCAUAGAAUCACUGAGCGAGUCUCUCAGCAAAGAAAGCUUGCUGGAAAUAUACUCUGUUCUGAUCGAUCUGUGGAAGUCAACCUCUGAGCAGAAGAUGCACAUUCUGUACCUGGCAACGACAAAAACCCUCUGUAACAUAUUCAGUGCCAAAAAAGAGCUUAUAGAGCACUCUGAUAGAUGGCUGCUUUCUUUCCUUCUGGACUACAACACAAAGAUAAGAACGGAAAGACAGGGAUAUUCAUUUUUCCAGCGGCAAGCUGUUUCGUAUGUUCUGCAGUCAAUACUAGACAAAAAAAUGAGGCUUUGCGAUACGAAAGAGAUUCUAAAGGAGCUGACGCUCUGCGUGUCUGCACACAGCACAGAAAUAUCAUCAAAAGCAACCCAGGUUCUACAGCAUUUUAUCUCAACCAAAAAAUAA